UUGCAAUAUCCAUCGUCAUCAUCAUCAUCAUCAUCAGGACAGAAGACAUCAACCUAUUGUCCGUCUGACUUCCAGUAGCUAAAAUUUUGACCCUUUACCAACGAACGAUAACACCCCAAGCUUCCUCAACUCUUGUCAUCCCCUCUACUUCCAUCCGCUUCCAAAUUUGCCCUCUAUGGAGCCACCGGAAAACGACGCCGUGACUGUUGCGUCAGCUGAGAAAAUCAUCCUCCGCUGGGACUCCACAGCCUCCGAGGACGCCAGGGACAGAAUGAUCUUCGACGGCGAUCGAUACGAGAUCGACAAAUACUUGCAAGCCGUGGAUGAAAUCCAACGGUCAAUGGAAUCCGCCAGCAUCUCAGACGACUCUGCUAAGGCCAACAGCGCGAUCCAGAUCGCCAUGGCCCGCCUGGAAGACGAGUUUCGCAAUAUUCUCAUUGCUCAAACUUCCCCUCUCGAAGCCGACACUCUGACCGAUCCCAGCUCUUGUUCCUUCCGCUCCACCGCUUCUAUUGGCAGCAGCGACAGCCACUUGAGCUUGCCGCCGCCGCCGCCGCCGCACACCGAGGAAGACGACUUCACCGAGACCAGCUCCUCAACUCACGCCUCCGAUACCCCCCGCCGGAAAGAAUUCGAUCAUCAGGAGAGUGGAAGCAGCACCAGCUACAGAUCCACCAACAGCAUCCGCGAAAUUGAUCUGAUACCUCCCGAGGCCAUCUGCGACCUCCGUAGCAUCGCCGAGAGGAUGAUAGCCGCUGGGUAUCUCCGGGAGUGUGUUCAGGUGUACGGCAGCGCACGCAAGUCUGCCGUGGAGGCCAAUUUUCGAAGCCUAGGGAUUGAGAAGCUCAGCAUAGGAGAAAUCCAGAGGCUGGAGUGGGAAAGUCUCGAGACAAAGAUUCGGAGGUGGAUACGGGCCGCCAAAGUUUGCGUGAGGAUACUGUUUGCUAGUGAGAAGAGACUCUGCGAACAAAUCUUUGAAGGUCUGGGGACGGCCUCCGAUGAUGCUUGCUUUAUGGAGACUAUCAAGGGUCCGGCCGUGCAGUUAUUUAACUUCGCUGAAGCUAUUAGCAUUAGCAGGCGAUCCCCCGAAAAGUUGUUUAAGAUAUUGGAUCUUCAUGAUGCUCUCUCCGACUUGUUGCCCGAUAUCGAGGUUGUUUUCGAGUCCAAAUCGUCCGAGUCCAUCAGGGUGCAGGCAGUGGAGAUACUGUCCCGCUUAGCCGAGGCUGCAAGGGGGAUAUUGUCCGAAUUCGAGAACGCUGUGCUUCGAGAACCUUCCAAGGUUCCCGUCCCCGGAGGUACGAUUCAUCCUUUAACUAGGUACGUGAUGAACUACAUAAGUUUGAUUUCGGAUUAUAAGCAGACUUUGAUUGAAUUGAUUGUGUCGAAGCCGUCAACUGGUUCGAGGUAUUCAGGGGAUCCUAAUACCCCAGAUAUGGACUUGACGGAGUUUGAAGGGAAGACCCCGUUGGCGCUUCAUUUGAUUUGGAUCAUUGUGAUUUUGCAAUUCAAUUUGGAUGCCAAGUCUAAGCAUUAUAAAGAUGCAUCCUUGUCCCAUUUGUUUAUGAUGAAUAACGUUCAUUAUAUUGUUCAGAAGAUUAAAGGGUCACCUGAGUUGAGGGAAAUGAUUGGGGAUGACUAUUUGAAAAGAUUGACGGGGAAAUUCAGGCUGGCGGCCACUAAUUACCAGAGAUCAACUUGGGUAAGAGUGUUGUAUUGUUUGAGGGAUGAGGGGUUACACGUGAGUGGAAGCUUUUCAUCCGGUGUGUCCAAGAGUGCCCUGAGAGAGAGGUUUAAGACCUUCAAUGCCAUGUUUGAGGAGGUACACAGGACUCAGGCUACAUGGUUGGUCCCCGAUGUACAACUCCGAGAGGAGCUCCGAAUUUCAGUAUCUGAGAAGUUGAUACCUGCUUAUCGAUCAUUUCUUGGACGAUUCAGGAGCCAUAUUGAGAGUGGGAGGCAUCCGGAGAACUAUAUCAAAUACUCUGUGGAGGAUCUUGAGAAUGCCGUCUUGGAUUUCUUCGAGGGCUACCCGGUGUCUCAGCACUUGAGGAGGAGAUCUCAGUGAAAGCUGGGGUGGAUGAAUACACCUUUUAGAGUCUAGGAACGCUAUUCUUUUAAUUUUUUGUGGAGUGCUUGGGUAUGAGGUUCUGGUUAUUCUUACAUUUGGUUAGCUCUCACAUGGUAUAGAAAGGUCGAGUCCUGAAUUUGCGCGAUGAGCUGGUGGCAUUGAAGAAGCAGGACUACCAGCUGUACUUCUUCGGAGUCAGUUAAACCUCUUGCCUGAAUGCUUCAUCUCUGUAAGCAUGGUGUUGUUUGUAUUUCUUGUUAGUUUUUUAGAUCGCUUCAUUUGUUGAUAUGGGACUUGCUGUAACUUAUUUUUGAAUAUCUUCUCAUGCAUUUAAUAACUUUAGCACAGAAACAGAGCCCCAAAUCUCUUUGAUGACCUGCAACAGUUAAAAUCAGUGCAAGAAAUCAUCUGAUGAUUGUAACUGCAUUAUGAAGCACUUCAUUAAGCUACCGAGAUAAUCAAAAUAAGUAAAAUUCGUUUUCCAGUGA